UAGUUUAUCCUAGUCAAAUCCUUUUUUGCUUUUCUAUUGGUUAACAAGUGAGGUAAUCCCUUCACCUGUUUGUUGACUAACUUCCAGUGUGUAAUUUGAAGGACUGUAGGGAUUUUAUUGAUUUCACGUUGGUAUUCAGUGUAGACUGACAUCAAUUGGAGAAACGUUGGAAAUCUGGGAGCACUGGAUAACUGUUUCGUCCUAUUGUGGGGCUCUUCAAGAGUGCGCUAACAUGACCCUACCCCGUCAGAAGUCGAACCCAGACCCUUCAGAUUCCGUGGCCUCCACGUUACCAUUGAGCGACUGGGUCUUAAUCCAGUGAUCCAUAUUUGCUAUCUCUGUCAGUUCACGAUAUAGCUCAGUCUACAUCCAAUGCUGUCGUUGAGUACUGAUAUGUAACACUAACCGACUUCCGUUCAUUGAUUGCACUUCAAAAUUGUCUCGUUAUUUUUAUCUUCCGUUUCCUAAGCACUGUACUUAUCUUUAGCUACCCUGUGGAAAUUUUGCAUACAUACUACAUUAUUCAUUAAUUUAUUUAUGUAUUUUUAUUUUUAGCGAAUAUAUUAUAGAUGCCAGGCAGUUCUUUGAAUGAACUUAUUCGAAAUCUACUUAUAUUCAUCUUAGAAUAUCACUGGUUAUAUAAUUUUCAGUGGAUUGGUGACUUAUUUAAAAUUAAACAAGAUUCAUCUGGAUGCAGUGUAUCAUCUAUUCUUGAAAAAUUGCCGAUAUCUUGGAAAAAUGUAUUACAAACUGCUAGCCUUGAAGAAUUACAGAUGUUUGUAUCUGGUAGUUCGAAUUUAUGUCAUUGGCCUGUUGAUCUUUUGAAUUUUGGUAACAAAUGUCGUCAGUUUACACGAUUACUAUCCCAAUACAUUUUAUUAAAUCCAAAUAUUAACAGUAAUAAUCAUCUUUAUGGUUAUCACUUCAAUCCAACUAGUAUGUGUACAGAUUUGAUAACAUCAAUUCAAGUUGAUAAAAUUGAAACAAAUUACUUUUUUAAAGUUUCGGAAAAAAAAUCCUAUGAACUUAAACAAAUGUCUGCAUUAAUUCAAACAAUUGUAUUGUCAAAAUUGAACAUUGAAUCUGUCAUUUCAUCAAAUAUAGUAUUUUCAUUGAACGAAGAUCAAUCGUGCGGUAAUUUUCAAACUGUUCGAUUAAUUAACAGAACACUGUUGGAGAACAAUAUUUUAAAAGUUUCUAAUUCAAGCAUUCCAUUGAUAAUUGUUGAUAUUGGAUCAGGAUUAGGUAAUUUAUCAAAUUAUAUUGCCUAUCGUAUACUUCAAAAUUGUACAAAUCAUCUUUUCACUCAAUUCAAAGUGAUUUCAAUUGAAUGUGAUGAACGUAUGCAUUUAAAAGCUUUAAAAAAAUUAAACCAUUAUAAUUCUAUAUAUCAAACAAAAUUGUUGAGUUCAAUUGUGAAGAGAAUGUUAUUUCGCGUUGAAUCAUUGAAUUUAAAUUUAUUACAGACAAGACUUCAUGAACUCUCCUCUGGUCAUGACUAUCUGCUACUUGGUUUACACUGCUGCGGAGAUUUAAGUCAGUCAAUGAUUGAAUUGUUUCAUAAAGAUGGAACAGCAAAAUAUCUGUUACUAGUUGGAUGUUGUUAUCAUAAAAUGACAUUGGAAAAAUUCCCAACUAGUGUCUACCUGCGUAAAGCUAUGAUACAGUGUGAUAAAUCCUUUAUAGAAAAGUGUAUUUCAACAGCUACCUUACGCUUAGCUUGUCAACAUUCACCGUUAAUAUGGCUUAGUUGGACUGAGUAUGAUUCAAAUAAACAUCGUGUACGUUUAUUGGCUCGUAUAAUUUUAGACGCCAUCCUAUUCAAGUACAAUCAUAUAACUGAUGAAUUUGAACAAUAUAAACGAAUUGAUCCAAUGAUACAUUGUGAUACAAUCAAAAAACUAUUGAUUAAUGAUAUCGAUGACAUAAGCAAUCAAUCAUCGCCAAAAUUCGAUAUAAUCUAUUCCAAUUUAAUUAGUUUUUGGAAAGAAAAACUUUCAAAUAUUCUACACUUUAGAGAGGUGUUAUAUGAUGAUGAAUUUAUUUUUGGUUACUAUGAACAUUUUAAGCUUAUAUGGAAUUUGAUACCAGGUCUGUUGGCUUUACAACAAUUAUUUCAACCGUUAUUAGAAACGAUCGUACUAUUUGAUCGUUUAUGGUGUUUAAGAGAAUAUGGCGGUGAUGAUCGUAUUUCUCAUGAUGAUCAUAGUGAUCCUUAUCGAUAUUCUGGUUAUAUCAGAAUUUUUGAUCCCUUCUUAUCACCAAGAUGUAUGGCGUUGUUAGUGCAUAAAAAUUGA